CACUUGUAAUUCAUGUGGUUUUGAGUUGAUUUGUUCUCUCAACUUAGGAAUAAACUUUUCGAUUUCUUCAAUAAUCAUAGUUUUACCAUUUUUUGUUGCCAAUUUCUUCAAAUUUGUAGCAUAAAUCAGUGUGCCUUUUGUUAUAGAUUAUUAACUAAAGUAAUUUUUUUUGCUGUAAAAGACGUUGAAUGGCACUGGCAUUUGUGUACCUCUACUUUUUGUUUUGGGGAAAUGAAGUUGGCACUGUGAAGCUUGUCAUCACCUUAUAGAAUUUCAGUAUUUUAACAUUCUAGUACUCAUAUUAGAUUGCGAGAUAUGGAUUCGACUAACAAAGAUGAAGAUGAUGCGAUAGUUGGAGCUGCAGCCACAUCCGUUUUAGCUUCCGGGGCUGCAAUUAUUCUAGCCUACGAAAAUCAAAGUAGAAUUCCUAGAGAACCUUAUACUAAUAAAGACCAAGAAAAGGAAUUUUACAUGAAUAGUAUUUUGAAUGGAAGCGAUGUUCAUUGUGUAGGUCAGAUAAGAAUGAGCAAGCAUGUAUUUUAUAAACUAUGUAAUGCUCUUCGAAGUACUAGUUUGUUGCGCUCAACCAAAAAUAUGUCUGUUCAAGAACAAGUGUUGAUAUUCUUAGAAAUUUGUUGGUUUUAAUGAACGAUUUCGCAAGAUUGGGUCACACUUUUGUAGGUCAAUUGACUCUAUCCAUCGAUGCUUCCACACCGUACUUCAAGUAGUUUUGAAGCUCUACCCAAUUCUUGUAAAAUCACCGGAUGGAACUGUCCAACUGGAGUAAGGAGCAAUUAUCGGUAUUAUCCUUGGUUUGCCGAUUGUGUAGGAGCAAUAGAUGGCACACAUGUGCUUCCGUCUGUUCCUAUUGAGCAACACAGUAGAUUUCGUGGCCAGAAAGGCACAAGACCACAAAAUGUAUUAGCUGCCAUUAGCUUUAAUUUGAAGUUCACGUAUGUGCUUGCCGGUUGGGAAGGAUCUGCACAUGACUCUCGCAUAUUAAAUGAUGCAUUGGAGAGACCACAGGGGUUUCAAAUACCCCAAGUAAAUAAAUGGGGAAAAAAGGAGAGAAACAGCUUAGGUGGUCAAAACCAAUGGAAUAUUUGAUGUUGGAGAUCCUAGUUGAUGAAGUGAAGCAAGGAAACAAAUCAACUAAUCAGUUUAAGGCCACCUAAUUCAAUCGUGUUUCGGAUGCCAUUAAUCAACAACUUGGAAUGGACUAUUCAGCUAAACAUGUGGAGAAUCAUCUUAAAACACUACGAAGCACAUGGAAUACCGUACAAACUCUACUCAACAAAAGUGGUCUUGGAUGGGAUGAAAACUUGAAGAUGAUUACUGCGAGUCCUAGAGUCUAUGCUCUCCAUAUUCACGCGCAUCCUACUCAUGAUAAGUUCAUCAACAAGAAGAUUUAUAUGUUUGAAGAAAUGUAUCUUGCGUGUGGGAACGAUCGAGCUAGGGGUGAUUGUGCUAAGUCAUUUGAUGAUAUAAACUUAGAUUGCAGCUCGGAGAAAGGUAAUGAUAUUGACAUUGAAAGGUCAUCCAAGGAAAAAGAUGUAGUUUUUGAAACUUCGUCUCAAGUCAAGUCAAGUCACAAAAUAAAUCGUUCUUAUGAUGCGCAAGAUGUGGUCGGUGAUAUAUCAACAAAGCUUGGAGAAGUGGCUGCAGCAAUCGGUAAGAUAGCUGAUUGCCAACUAGAUGUGACAAGGUUGUAUGAAGAAAUUAUGGCAAUGAAAGGUUACGAGGAAAAGUUCUUAGGUGACGCUUUUGAUUAUUUGGUGCAAAGUGACACUUUAGCUAAAGCAUUCAUGGCAAAAAAUCAAAAUUUUCGCAAGGUGUGGAUGGACCGAUUCAAGAGAAAGCAAUAGAAUACACAAAUUGGUUAGAAGAGAAUAGCUAGAUAGGAUUUGGAAGCAAUUGUUAUUCUUACUUUUAUUUGAAACUUCAAGAUUCCAGCUUGGUUUUUAAUGUUUUCUUGCUAUUUCUAAUUUUGUUUGUUUGAUGAUAGAGGGGUUUCCUUCAGAACAGUUGAUGUGUGU